GCGGAGAGGCGGGCUCGCAGGGGGCGGGAGGGCCAUCUGCGGAGGGCGAUAAGGGUAGGGGAAGCUCUCCGCACCGUCCCCGGAGGUAACGGCGGUGAACCGGUGCAGGUGCUCCUCCUGGGGCGCUUGCUUGACUGCAGCGUGACCCCUGGCUGGCGCUCUGAGUCUAGUCGGGAGCCUUGGGCAGGAUGGAGACCCGAGGAAAGGUGUGCUUUGUCUCCACUUCAGGGCCCAGCUGCGUGCUGCUCCUGCGGGCUGGAACAUGGGCGAUUUGCAGGAAGGUAAGGAAAUCCGGAAGGGGAGAUUUGAGACCCUGCAAUUGGGAGCACCUUAGGGACCCACAACGGGCAUUCAUCCCUCCCUCCCCUACAGAUGUAAAGUUUAUAGUGGAUGAGACCUUGGACUUCGGAGGGCUGUCACCAUCGGACAGUCGUGAGGAGGAAGACAUACCAGUGUUGGCAACUCCAGAGAAACCCCUUCGGCGGGGCCUCUCCCACCGGGGCGACCUCAAUGCAGCGGCCCCCACCCCCCAGGGCGUGAGGUUCAGCUUAGGCCGCCUCAGCCCAGCGAAGAUGGAGGAGGUCCUUGAUGAGGCCAACAGGCUGGCGGCGCAGCUGGAGCAGUGCGCCCUGCAGGAGCGCGAGAGGGCAGGCGAGAGUCCGGGGCCGCGCAGGGUGAAGCCCAGCCCGCGGAGGGAGACCUUUGUGCUGAAGGACAGCCCUGUCCGAGACCUGCUGCCCACUGUGAGCUCUUCCGCUCGGAGCACCCCCUCUCCGAGCAGCCUGACACCCCGACUCCGGGGCAGCGAUAGGAAGGGGUCCGUCAGGGCUCUUCGGGCAGCAUCUGGAAAGAAGCCCUCCAGCGUGAGGAGGGAGUCGCCCACUUGCAAUCUGUUCCCCACAUCCAAAAGCCCAGCAUCUUCUCCUCUUGCCCGAUCAACUCCUCCAACCCGAUCAACUCCCCCAGCCCGAUCAACUCCUCCAGCCCGAUCAACUCCUCCAGCCCGAUCAACUCCUCCAGCCCGAUCAACUCCCCCAGCCCGAUCAACUCCUCCAACCCGAUCAGCUCCUCCAGCCCGAUCAACUCCUCCAACCCGGGGGAAAGCUGGGCCCAGUGGGAGAGCAACAGCAAGUGCGAGGACCCAGGGAGCAAAGCUGGGGCCUUCUACCAGCAACUGUCAGCGCCUGUCUCGGCCACAGGGAGCAGCUGCUAAACCUUCCAGUCGACUACCUGUCCCCUCAGCCAUCCCCAAGCCUGUCAGCCGAGUGCCACUCAGCAGCCGGAGUGUACCACCCAGCAGAGGUGCCCUAGCUUCAGAUUCGGUGUCAACUCGGAAAGGACUUCCAAGACCAGGUGCUGCUGGGCACAGAGUUCCUGUUUCCCAGCGACCAAAUCUUCCUGGUGCCACUCGCAGCCAUCUGCAGCCCCCCCGGAAGGCUGCAGCCCCAGCACCUACCAGGUAAAGAGAUCAGGACAGCAAGCAAGAAUUCAGUAACCAACCACGACAGUCCCUGCCUGGACUCGCCUCCUCUUCGGCCUCCCAAGCCCUCACGUUGGAGGCAGUUCCGGACUCCUGCAGAUUCUGGCUCAGGGGCAAGAGGGAGAGAUGCCACCACGGCUGGUGCCCAGGGAGAUGGGGUGGAUUAGGGUGGAGCUGGAGGGGAUUCAAACUCUCCAGAUUGGAAUAUUAGGGAAAAGAAGUCACCUCCCGGCAGUGAAAUGAGGAAACAGAUGAGAAGUGGGUUGUCCUCAUCCACCCCCACUGUGUUCAUCCCCAGGCCGAGGGUCACUGGGCAUGAACAUGGGAAUGGCCUCUGUCGCUGACCUCCCUGCUCUCCCAGGAGCAGUCCUCCUGAUUCACAGCCCCUACUGGACUCCGGCCUGUUUGGCGAAGCAGAGGCAGGCACCUGGCCUCCGGAACUUGCUUCCUAUGAAUUCUGUGAAUCAUAACAGGCCAGUUUAUGAUAAACUGACUCCUUUGGUCUAUACUUUUCUAAAAUAAAGUGAGUGUAUUUUUA